AUGAAGCCUAUUCUAAUUUUGGGUGCACUUUCUACUGCCCUUGGAUGGGUGCAUCCUGGAAUCGGCAACACAAAGGACGACCUCGAUCGCCUGAUCCAUACGGCAAACUCUGGCCUGGAGCCCUGGGACUCCGCGCUGACGGCUUUCGCUGCCGACGUACACAGCACCACAGACUAUAAAAUGCUGGGUCCAUGCCCGAUCGUCACAAGGACCAAAGAGAAUAGCACCAGCGUCUGUGUCAACGAAUUCGCUGAAGACGCCGUAGCAAGCCUGCAACAAACGUUGAUGUGGAUUAUCACCGGUGACCAGAUAUACCCCGACAACAGCCUGGCGUUACUCAAUGCCUGGGGACACACUCUCACCAAGGUCAAUGGCUCCGACGCUCAGCUUGCUGCUGCCCUAUCAGGGUCUAACUUCAUCAAUGCCGCCGAAAUCGUCAGGUACAGUACCAACCUCUGGACAGCUGAAGAUAUCGCUGCCUUCUCAGACAUGGUGUCUACCGCAAUGUACCCACCGGCUGCACAGUACAUCCCAUCCGCCGAGCAGUCGAUUCCGUUCAUUGCCAACUGGGGAACGAGUGGUGCCAAGUUCAUGCUCGCAGCGUCCGUCUUCCUGGAGAACCAGACUGCAUAUGAUACAGCCAAGCACUUGAUGCUGCAUAGCCAAUGUGCAAACUUCACGGGCAGCAUUUCGCCGACAGGCCAAACAACUGAAACUGGACGCGACCAAGCUCACGGCCAGCUUGGUAUCGGCAACUGGAUCGAAGCCUUUUAUACUCUGCACAAUCAAAACGACAGUAUACCCUGGUUCACAAUGGAAAACAACCGACUUUUCAACGCGAUGGAAUACGAAGCUAGAGUUAUGCUCAACCAAACAGACGGGCUACCAUACGACCCGGCUUUCAACAGCGUCACUUGCAACUCAAGCAUUACGCCCGUCGACUGGCCCGUCAUCAGUAAGAAGGCUAUUUGGCCCGUCAGGCCAACGUGGGAAUUGGGAUACGCCAUCGCCAGACACAUUUUUGGCAUUGAGCUACCCAAGACCAGGGAACUGAUCUUUGCUGUCGCACCAGACGGACCAAAUCCGCCCAAGGCUAUUGCAGAUGGAUCUGCUUUCCAAACACUACGAUUUCGCCGGUUGGCUGAUGCUCAGCCCCUGAAUAAAACCCAUGGACGAACGCCCAGUGGACUCGACUCAGGUUAUAGGUCCUAAUCAUCGCGUAACAUCCACACAUCCAAUACCAUGCUUCCAUUCAUUGACUUGCCACUUAUGUUGAACUGCCAUUAUUAUUUAGGCUGGAGGAUCCAAAGUCGUUACAAGCCAAGACUCAACCCGUCCAGCGAUCUGCU